AUGGUUGAAGAAAUCACAACUGCCAAAGAGAAACAACAACAGCAACAACAACACAAGUAUGAGACGUAUAAAGCAACGCUAAAGAAAAUACCCGCCACAAGAUUAUCACGUCUAACUGAGGCCUUAGCCAAUUAUGAUCCAGUGCUCAAUGAAUAUUUCUUUGAUCGGCAUCCGGGAGUUUUUACGCAAAUUUUAAAUUAUUACAGAACUGGCAAACUGCACUAUCCUACCGAUGUUUGUGGUCCAUUGUUUGAGGAAGAAUUAGAGUUUUGGGGUUUAGAUUCGAAUCAAGUUGAACCCUGUUGCUGGUCCACCUAUAGUAUACACAGAGAUACCCAGAACACUUUAGCCAUAUUGGAUAAAUUAGAUAUUGACAAUGAAAAACCCUCAGAAGAGCAGGUGGCCCGCCUAUUUGGUUUUGAAGACUCCAUCAACAAGGGCCGCCUAAAUUGCUGGCAGCGCAUUAAACCGAAAAUAUGGGCUUUAUUUGAUGAACCAUCAAGUUCGACGGGAGCAAAGGUGGUUGCCAGUAUGUCUGUGUUUUUCAUAUUCGUUUCUGUGAUAUCUUUCUGCCUGAAAACACAUCCGGGUUUUCGCGUAGAUUUUACACCCACCAAUAGCCAACAACACCAACACCAACCACAACAAAUAUCAACUAGCGUACCGACCAUACCUCAGCAUACAAGUAAUAUGCCGCCGCCCACAAUGGAUGCAUCCACCGCCCCCCAUAAUAGCCAACGCCACACAUUACUACAGCCCACAUUCAAGGUCAUCAACUACACCAGCAGCGCGGCCGGUGGUAAUGGUAAUUUUAGUUCGGGUCUUGUAACACCCAUAGCCACCUUUAGCCUGGAGAAGACAGAAGGACGUCGUCGUGCCAGUGAAAGAACCCGUCGUCAAUCUGUAGAUGUGAACGGUCUUGGUGAUAAUGAUGAUGGCGGUGGAGGUGUUGGUGGUGGUGUUGGUGGCGGUCAUGGCAACCAGAAUGGUGUUGAUGACACUCACAUACACGGCUGGCAUCAAUCGUUUGGCCAGCCACACGAGGCAUUUUUCUAUGUGGAAUUGGUGUGUAAUGUUUGGUUCUUCUUUGAGGUCAUCAUCCGUUUCAUAGUCUCCCCAAAUUUGUGGCAGUUUGUUAAAUCUCCCGUCAACAUUAUUGACUUUGUGGCCACCUUAAGUUUCUACACAGAUGUCAUGCAACGCAUGGGCGAGUACACCGGACUGUGGGAAGCCUUCUCAAUUGUGCGGAUUAUGCGUCUGUUCAAAUUGACCCGCCAUUCGCCCGGCUUACGGAUCCUAAUACACACAUUCAAAGCCUCGGCCAAAGAGUUGACGUUGCUGGUGUUUUUCUUGGUUUUGGGUAUUGUGUUCUUCGCCAGUCUGGCAUACUAUGCGGAAAAGCUUCAGGAUAAUCCGGAAAAUCAAUUUAAAAGUAUCCCUUUAGGUUUGUGGUGGGCCAUUGUAACAAUGACUACCGUGGGCUAUGGUGAUGUGGCACCUAAAACUUAUCCUGGCAUGUUUGUGGGUGCCCUAUGUGCUUUGGCUGGUGUGUUGACAAUAGCUCUACCCGUACCUGUAAUUGUUAGCAACUUUUCCAUGUUUUAUUCACACACACAGGCUCGCUCAAAAUUACCCAAACAACGACGUAGAGUUCUUCCCGUAGAACAGCCGCGACGUAAACGUGAACCAGUUCCUCAGCCAAGGGGUGGUCGUACACAUGCCUACAAACAAACAUCGCUUGCGCCGGGAGUUGUGGCCACCGGGCAUCCCCAUCCGCAUCACAAUCCAAUGCUGAAGGAAGCUUUUGCCACAGCUAAAAUCGAAACACAAACAGAGAGCAUGAAUGGUGUAAAUGUUAAUGGUGUUAGUAUUAUAGAACGACCACAGAAUCCUCUAGCUGGCAUUGUAAAGCAUAGCACUAGAUCAGCCGAAACAUCGAUACAAACAUCACCGAUGCCUUUGCGAACGGGUCCCUCAGUUAUUAGCUCGGACUUUUUAAGCGUACCAGCAAUGCAGAGCCUACAGCCGAGGGCAGCCACCACCGGCAGUGAUUAUCUAAUGCCACUGCAACCGAAAUUGCUUGCAUCAUUGGAACAAAAGGACCAUCACCAAACCCCCCUAAUGGAACACAAAGAAAAUAUCGAACAUCAACAGCAACACCUACAUCAGGGCCUGCGGCAUCGUUCAAAUAUUCGAACAAUGUUGAAUGUCCCGCCAACGGUUAGUGUGGUAAAUACUCAAAUGCCACCAGGCAGUGGUCUAAAUGGGGAUCACACAAUGCACACAAUUGGUUGUGGAGGUGGUGACAUAGAUGCCCAGAAAAAUGGCACCAGCAGCCCUGGUAAAAUGGCAAUUCCUACAACACAAACACUGCCGCCUAUGCAACAGCAUCAACAAACCCAACACAGCACGAUCUCACCUCAGCACAUGUGUUAUGCGAAUUUUCAACCCAAGGUGACAUUGGUGAAUGAUGCAGGCAACAUGGAGGAUGAUGAUGACGACGACGAUGAUCACAAUCGUGAUCAUGAAGCUGACGCUUUGUGUGGUAGCUGUGAUGCAUAUCGGGAAAAUCUACAACAAGAUUUGACAACAACAACUAGAAAACAAGAAGAUCAUACCAAUGAGGCCAAUACUGAAGAUCGAGAUCAUGUGACUGAAUAGUCAGGCUUUAAAUGAAAAUUUGAGAAGAGAGAGAGAGAGAGAAGAAAUACGAAGACAAAACGUCGUGAAUACAUAUACAAGAAGCACACCCACACGCAAACAAAACAUACAAUGGAAUGCUGACAAAUUCAGGUGAAGUUUUAGAUAUUUUUUAGCAUAACAUUUGAAAUUAAACCAAGAAAACGAGGUCGGCCUAGUCGACUGGAAAAUAUCCUACACCGCGCCACCACCAAAUGUUUAUUAUAUAGAGAGAAUUUAUUUUUAACAUCCAAGGUCCUUUCUGUAACUUGGUUUAAUUUCUUAUUCUUUCAUUAGGAUAGUUUUGAAGAAAGAAGUAAGCAAAGGCUAUAGCUGAGCGGAGCUGAUUAUGUGUUACCCAACAACUUAUGACGAUUCUUAUGACAGAUCUAUUCCCUCAGCCAAUGUCCGCUUAUUAAAAUAUAUUUUUACUUGCAUAAUUAUUCAAACUUUUGACCCUUUUAUGGUGGAUGUUCCGAACAAGUUGGUCAAUAUUUUGUGGGGAGGUACCAGAGUUGGCCGAUACAUUCCAUAUUCACAUCAGAUCUGUGGUUGAAAGAAAAAAUUUAUGUAGACCGAGUUUGAAAAGAAUCGCUGACUUGUUUAUCAUGUUAUGAGCGAUGUAAGAAUUGAAAAUUGUGACCGUUUGUGAGAGGUUAGAAUAAGAGUGGGUCGAUAUAUAUCUGCGUCGCAUCAGAUCUUGUUUUGAAAGAAAUGUUGGCAGGUGUGAAAUUUGGAAAAAAAAAUCAGAUGCUUAUUUCCUCUUUUAUGAAAGGUAUAAAUAUACAAAAAUUUUAACCAUUGUGGGGAAGGUACCAAAGGAAGCAGUCCGAUAAAUUAAAUCUUUACACCUCAUCUUGUGUUGAUAGGAACCGAGUUCGAAAGGAAUCUGAUGCUCAUUUCGCAUUUUAUAAGCUUAAUGGUUAUUAAAAUUUUUGACACUUUGUGGGAGAGGUACAGGAGGGGAGGUCCCACCUAUCCAAUCUUCAUAGCAAACCUAGAGUUGUUAGAAAUACUGCGGUAUGCGAAAUUUAAAUACAAUUGGGCUCUUAUUUCACAUUUUAUAAGCGUUGAGAUUAUUCAACAUUUUGAGCCUUUGUGGGGGAGUAGUACUAGAAGGAGUGAAAUUUAUUGUCAAUUUUUACACCUGACCUAGCACAGAUACAAGUAUUAGGAUUUGAAAAGUUUGAACAAAAUCGGAUGAUCCUUUUUUGGACUUUUUUGGGGGAGGUACUAAAAGGAUUUGAUCGAUAUUGUCCAUCUCCGAACUCGAUUUAUGUUUGAUAAUAAUAUUACGAUGUACCAAGUUUAGACCACAUCAGAUACACCUUACGAAAGUUAUUGUCCGCUCUAGCCAAACAGAUAGAUGGAUAGACGGACGUACACCUCUAGAUCGACUCCAAAUGUCUUGAAAUGCAUUUGGUCCAAACGAGACCUUGUCUAAAACAGUUAUUUCGAUGAGGCUCUUUUUGGCCAUAUGAAAUGAAAUAAUCCUCUAUAGCUACGAGGCUGAGGGUAUAAUGAGAAAUUAAGGGACAACACCUCACUAUGUCGUGAGUUCAUAUUAAAGGUGGCCAAAAAUAGAAGGAGUACUGUCGAGGACCAAAUACUGAAAAAGUAGGUCCCUUUUUCGUAUAGCACCCAGAUAACGAUACCUCCCUAUAUUCGGUAUCUCCCUGAAGAAAUGCUCGCCAAGAGCAGUUUUGAACAACUUUUGCUCCCACUCAAAAACGAGGAAAAUAUGCUCACUCCUAUUAGAGCGACAUCGACAAAUUGAGUUUGUAUUACUUCUUUACUGCCCCCAGGAGUGCUCUCGCUUUAAUUCGAGUGAGUUCCUCUCUUUGCACAAAUUUAAGUGAGUUUUUCGGAGGAAUGUGGUCCUCAUUCUCAUUUUUCAUGAGCUAUCGGCAAAAAUCGAUAAAAUUAAAAUGCUUUUAAUUUCAGAAAUUAAUUAGUUAAUUGAAUAAUUUCGUCGUUAAGUCCUACCCUUAUCAACAGUGUUGUCAACUUUAAAUUCGAUUUUUCAUUCAUAAUUUUUAGUUUUAAUUUUACCAAUAUUUGUCGCUAACUCAAAAAUAUGUGAGAGAAUCCCACUAUUGGUUUAUCAUUUUAAUAUAUGUAUUUUCUAUGAAAUCCUCUCAAAAAAUUAGUACUACGAGACACUUGGUUUUGUAAUUUUUGACCACGGGGUCUGUGCCAUCUCUCUGAGGACUUAAAUUUUUCAUCUCAAUAACUUGAUUUGUUUAAAUCAAAAGCUGAUAUUAUUAAUAACUCAUCUAUCCUGUUUCGCGAUGAGAUCCGAUCUAUAAAAAGAUCCGAACUGUAAAAAAAUAUAUAUUGUAAUAAACUUUCCUCUCUAUAGUGGCUGGUGUAGGGUAUUCAAUAAUGUAAUUAUGGUUUCGUUUAAGGAGGAAUUUUUGUAAAAUUAAUAUUUAAUUUAAUCUAAAGAUGAAAACAAAAAACCUUUGGGUACUUUGAUUAUAUUUUUUUGUUAAUAUUGAAUACCUUGGAAAGUCCAAUAAUAUGAUUGUGCAAGCAUAAUAUUUUUUAAUUUUUCCAUGGCAUACUAAUUUUAAACAGAGAAAUGUUCAAGCACAUUGAAGAUAUUGAAAAAUAAGGUACGAAUACGAAAUGAUAUGUUGAAAUACUUAUUCAGUCACUGCAACACCUUUUAUUUAAAAAAAAAUUAUCAAUGUUAACAAAAACUAGUAAAAAAUCUGCUAGGUUCGGCCGCUAAUAAUCAGUUUAUACCCUCCACCAUUUUGAAGGAACUAGAAAAUUUUCAAAAACAAAUUUCGUAGAAAAAUACCUUAUAUGGGGGAUAUAGGAAGACGUCUUCUUUCAUAAGUUAUUUUUUGCCAUGGGAUGUAGCACCCAUUCCGAACUUCAAAUACGAAAUUUGAAACAAUUCGGUGAAUAAUCCCGCUAAAACCAUCAUAAUACCAAAUAUCAGGAGGCAUCAUUAUAUGGGAGCUAUACGAAGAAGUUGUCCUUCAUAAGCUAUUUUUUAUAUCGGUGUAGCCCCGAUAACGAACUUCAAAUACCAAAUUUGAAACCAUUCCAGUAAAUAAUGUCGCUACAAUCAUCAAAAUACCGAAUAUGGGGAGGUACCGUUAAACGGGGGCUAUACGAAGACGUGGACCUGCACAGACAACUAUCAGUCAUGGGCUGUAGUACCCAUGACGAACUUCAACUAUUUGAAAUUUGAAGGAAUUCCAGUGAAUAACAUCAAUAAAAUCAUCAAAAUACCGAAUAUGGGGAAGUUCCGUUAUAUGGGGCCUAUACUAAGGCGUGGACCUGCACAGACAAUUUUCUGUCAUAGGUGGGCUAUACGAAGACGUGGACCUUCUCAGACUAUUUUCUGUAAUAGGCUGUAAUAUCCUAACUUCAAAUACCAAAUUUGAAACAAUUCAGGUAAAUAAUGUAGCCAAAAUAAUCAAAAAAACCGAAUAUGGACCUACAUGGCCCAUUUGCAAUACCAAAAGUCCUGCAGACAUAAUAAACAUUUGAGUAACAUUUUAUCAACCUACUUCAUUUCGUUCGGAAGCUAGAGUAAUUUCCACAGACGGACAGAUGAAUAGACAGAUAGACGGACAUAGAAUUUUAUGCUGAUCAAGAACAUAUAUACUUUGUGGAGUCUAACGUGUAUAUUUCGAGGUGUUACAAACGGAAUGACAAACCUAAUAUACAUGGAGGGUAUAAAAACAAGCAAUCUGUACUAAAUAAUAUUUGAAGUAAGUUUCUAAAAAUUUCGUGCCGAAGAAAUAGGAGGGAGUCACUGCAAAUUUCUUAUUUUAUUUUGUUACAAUAAGAAACGAAAAAAAAGAAAAAUUUUUUAGCCAAAUUGGCCUGCUGGUUUAUGAUAGUGGCUUAUUUUUUGUUUAAUCGAAAAUAUCUCUUACAAAAUUACAUUGCCAUGGUUAGGUUAAACCUCAAACAUUAACCCCUUUAUUCAGCAUAACUGCACACUUAUUUGCCCAACAAAAUUCAAUUUGGAAUAACGCUUUAUUGCUUCAAAAGAAACAAAAAAAAUAAUUAAGUUUAGAUUAUUAUUGAUGUCGUUUUGAGGAAUGGAAAUCAUGAAAAUCACUAGAAAACAAAACUAAAAUAAAUCCACAAAUAUUUAUUGGUGUUUUUACCGAUUCCACAGAAAAAAUGCUAGGGAUUAUCAAUAGUCUAUAAGAAGAUUGGUUAAAUAAAGGAAAGAAAAACAGUCGAAGAAGACGAAAUAUUGUUCCAAGUUUGAAUUUUAACCAAAAAUAAAAGUAUUUAGUGAAAUAAGAGCAUUGUAAAAUAGUCUAAUUGAAAAUUUAAAUUAAAUUUAAAAUUAGUAAAAUUGUCUUAAAACCUUAAAACAAACAAACCAAUUGUGUAAAAUAAAAUAAAGAAAUUUAUU